ACACAAUACCAAAAAUUAAACUUCGAAUUUCCCGCUGCUGCCAGUGCUAGCCAGCCGCUAGCCAGUCAGCGUCCUACAUCAACAUGCCUGCUCGUCUCGUGUCUCGUCUUUCCAUCCCUCCUUCUUUUCCUCUGUCGAACGCAACCAUGGCGUCUGGUACCUUGUAUACUUUCCCGGACAACUUUCGGGCGCAGAAGAUUUUGAUCGCUGCCCAAUUCUCCGGUGCCAAUGUGAAAGUUGACUCCAACUUCGUUUUCGGCGAAACCAACAAGAAGGAUGACUUCCUGAAAAAGUUCCCUUUCGGCAAGGUCCCAGCCUUUGAAACCAGUGAUGGCAAAUACUUGACAGAGAGCAACGCUAUCGCUUACUAUGUUUCGAACAAACAGCUGCGUGGCAACAGCGAUCUGGAGCAGGCCCAGGUGCAGCAGUGGCUCUCUUUUGCCGACAGUGAAAUCUUGCCCGCCUCUUGCACAUGGGUCUACCCUGCCAUCAGCAUCAUGCAGGCCAACAAGCAAUCGACAGACCGUGCCAAGGAGGAUGUUAAGAGAAUCCUGCAGGCCCUCGACAGCCAUCUGCUGACCAGGACAUACCUGGUUGGUGAGAGGAUUUCCCUGGCUGACAUUGUCGUUGCCACCAACCUGCUGAACUUAUACCAGCACGUUCUUGAUGGUAACUUCAGGAAACCGUAUCAAAACACCAACAGAUGGUUCACCACCAUCGUCAACCAGCCCCAGUUCAAGGCUGUUGUCAAGGACUUCAAAUUCUGCGAGAAGGCAGCAGAGUUUGAUGCCAAGAAAUUUGCUGAAUUCCAGGGCAAGAGUGGAGGUGCCGCUCCCAAGGAGGGUGGAAAGAAGCAAAAGAAAAGCGAAUCGGAAAAGGAUACUAAGAAGCAAGAACCCAAGAAGAAGCAGGAGAAGGAAAAGGAACCUGAAGUUGAACCUGAUGCGGCGGACGAAGCAUUAGCCCUUGAACCUAAGCAGAAGGAUCCCUUUGCAGAUAUCCCUGCUGGAACGUUCAAUCUAGAUGAGUUCAAGCGCUGCUAUUCAAAUGAAGAUGAAUCAAAAUCGAUCCCCUUCUUCUGGGAAAAGCUUGACAAGGAUCACUGGUCCAUCUGGAAGGGCGAAUAUAAAUACAACGAUGAACUGGAAAAGGUUUUCAUGAGUUGCAACCUCAUCACGGGAAUGUUCCAGCGCAUAGAAAAGCUCAAGAAGAAUGCUUUUGCCUCGGUCUGUCUUUUCGGAACCGACAAUGAUAGCUCAAUUUCUGGAAUCUGGGUCUUCAGAGGACAGAAGCUGGCCUUUGAGCUAAGCCCCGACUGGCAAACCGACUAUGAGAGCUACAGUUGGACAAAAUUGGAUGCAAACAAGCCUGAAACAAAGGAUAUUGUCAGCAAAUACUUUUCCUGGACUGCUACGGAUUCUAAGGGACGCAAGUUCAAUCAAGGAAAGAUCUUCAAGUAAAAAUCACGCUUUGUCUCUGUCACAAAUGAAAAUAAAUUAUGGCUUAAUUUUUA